UUUCUACCCUGGGGAGCUGCUGGGUGCUGUACUGUGGGCAGAGGGUGGUGCUGGGUGCCGCACCUGCGGGGCGGUGCUGGCAGCCUGUGGUGGCACUGCCUGCCCAGGGACGCCCGGAGCCAGCCAUGCCGGGGAUGCUGGCCGCAGGGCACAGUGACUCUGCCGCCUGGCCAGCGGCUUGCCUGGCUGGGGAGCCGAGCUGCGUGUCCUGGGGGCUCUGGAUGCUGGCUGCGCUGUGCUGGAUCGCCGCCCGCUCCCUGCUGUCCUGCGAGUGCCCGGGGCAGGGCCAUCGGCAGCCGUCCGUCCUCUGCCUCCUGUACACCUUCCUGGGCCACAUCUGCAACACGGUUGGGGCGCUGCUCGCCAGCCAGCUCGGCUUCCAGAUCCUCACAGGCACCUACAUGGCCGUGGCCGACGUCGUCCGCUUCCUGCUCACCCUCUUUCCCCCGUGCCCGCCUGAGUCCCAUAAGAUAGCAGGUCUGCCCCGCCGGAGGAGGAGGCGGCGGCGGCUGCGGGGUGGUCUGCUCGCCCUCACCCUGCCCCUGUCUGUGGGUGCUGGCGGGUCUCUGCUGGCGCCCGGCCCCUGGCCCGCCCGGGGGCAGCUCCGGGGAGCCCGGCGGAGGCUGCUCGGGGCAGUGUUCGAGGCUGUGAAGGAGGUGUUCCCCUGCUUCCCCUGUUUCUUCUCCCUCCCUCAGGACAACAGGGAAGCACUGGGCUUUGUCCUGGGGCUGCUCUCUGCCUUUGUUGCCCUCACGGCCAGGAUCCCAGCACUCUCCAGAGCAUGCAGGGGGAAGCCAUGCCAGCGGAGACGGCUGUGGGCCACCCUCUGCUCGGCCGCCGCCAGCGUCCUCUACGCAGCAGCGAUUGUCACCCACAACCAGCAGCCUGUACACGUCCUGAGGGCCCUGCCCUGGCUCCUGAUUGCCCUGGGCUCGGCUGCACUGGAUGUGGUUCUCCUGUUCAUCACCUGCACGGCCAACAGCCAGAUGGGCCAGCGGCUUGUACCAGAGGUCCCUGAUGCUUGGGCCCCCCUGGCUGGAGAUGGAGAGGAAGGUGACAGAAGAGCAGUGGAAGAGGCUGUGAACUGGGCCCCACUUAACAUGUUUCCAAAACCCAGGUCUGGGCCCAGAAUGGUGGCAACCAGCCACUGCUUAGACCUGAUGAUCAGGCUGGUGCAGCAGACUGGUCACAGUGUGGCGAGGCUGCCCAGGGAUGCACAGAUGGGUGCAGCAGGCUCCGUGCCACCGCAGCCCCCUGCCUGCCCCCCGCUCCCAGCCCUGCGCACUGGGCUCUCCUCAUCCAGCUCUUCUGACGCUGCCUCCGUCAACUCGGAGCUCGAGUGGGACUUUGAAGAUGCGACAGUGCAGUGGAGCCAGCCCAGCCCUGCUGCUCAGCCUUGCUCUGUGCUGUGCCCAGGCACCUUUGGACAACCUGCAGCUCCUCCGAGACACCCCAAGCACCCGUCCCCCUGGCUGAGCAAGCAGUAAACGGCAGAAGGUGCUUCCUCGGGGCUCCCCUGGGAAAGGUGCUGGCUGCCGUAAAGGAGACUGCUGCUGAUUCCUGCGAUGGGGAGGUGAAUUUCUUGCCCUGGGAUGAUUUUGUGCCUCAAAAUGUGUGGUGCAGACCAGAGGAAGC